AUGCUCGAAUUUGUUCGAUUUGUUAAGCUCUGUCGCAUCCAGCAAUGCGGUUUAAAGGCGCAUAAGCGCAGAUGGUAUCAGAGAGAACAACUUGAAGUACACUUCGGUUGUAAAUGGUAUUUGCUUAGCAUAUACGUGUUGCGCAAGAACGAUAGUACGCCAGAACUAAGGUUCUGGGCUCACUGGCUCACUGGCUCACUGGCUCUCUGGCUCACUCAGCUCACUCAUCUCGCUAGUCUCACUCAGGCUCGACCUCACGCUCGAGGUCUCAACAGCUCACGUUCACCGCCGUCUCAUCUACUCUCCUCAGCCGCUUCCAUCAACAACGACUACGACACCCGCGGACUCGUCGGUAAAGAAGCGCAUCCUGAGACCGAAAAUCCGGAAGAUUUCGAAGAUGUAAAUGUUUCGAAUCUAAUGGCUGGAUCUGGAAUGAUCAAUAUCCCACAUUUUGAUGGACGUCAUGAAGAAUGGAUUCCAUUCUGGGAUAUGUUCAAUGCAUUAGUCCACAGUCAAAAGGCAGCAAAUGUGCUAAAAUUCAACGCAUUGCGAAAGGCAUGCAGUGGCGAAGCAUUGGCCCACCUAAAAAGGUUUCCACAGGAUGGACGUUCCUACCACAAGGCGGUAGAAGCGUUGAAAAGCAUCUACGGAGAUCCAAAGACAGUAUACUCCUUGACCACAGACGAGUUCUUAUUAGCGUUAUCAAGAUUCACCUCGAGAAGAGGAGCACCUGAUUCGAUAACUUCGGACAAUGGCACUACAUUCGUCAUGGCAGCAGAAAUUGCUGAGGACUGCAUGAGGAUUGGAGCAUGCGCAAUGGUAAAACUCGACCAUGCCAUGGCAAUGAAAAAGAUUAAGUGGAACUUCAACGUUGCGGCGGCACCUUGGCAAGCAUUCGAAGUCGGCAAUCAGGAACGACUCAGGGCUAGAGUGACAAAUCCGAAGCAAAACUGGCUGUCGGAAUGGGCAAUGUCGUAUAGAGAUUCGAAAUCAACGAUUUUGAAAUCAUCAUAA